AUGACAGAUACUAGCAGGAGUAGUAUCAACAUUGCCAUUCGUCGGUCAAGCAAGACUCCCGCCAUUUUCCUUGUUGGAUCCUUCACUGAGCCCGCCUGGGAACCAGUCGAGCUCAAUGUCAAACCCCUCCCUCCAUCUGCAGAUCAGGAUUCUGCUGCGCAGGCCAAUGGCGAUGUUCCAGAUACUCAAUACGAAUUCUCGAAGUCAUUUGACGUAGCUACUGGCCAGCACCAAUACAAAUUCCGGCUAGGACCGGAUGGUGCUUGGUUCUGUGAUAAGGAUGCCACGACUGUUGUGGACGACAAUGGUUUCGAAAAUAACGUCGUAGCCGUAGAGGCUGUUUCAAUCAUCCAAAAACCUAACAACUCUGCUGAGAAAGACGACUCAGACCCAAAGAAUGUAUCUAGUGAAACUACUGUCCAAGACCAAGAAGAGAAGGUCGAUGGAGCGAAAGAUGGGGAUGGGGAGGCGACCAAAAUUGAAAUUGUGUCUGAUGCUAAGGAGACCAAUGAUGUCCCUGCUGAGCCAUUGGCAGACGGUGACGACGUUGAGAAAGCUGCGAAGGGUAUCAAAGAUGAUGAUGUUCCGGUUCAAUCCGUAGAAAAUUGGAAGAGCGCUGCUGAUACAGCCAAGGUCGACUCUAUCCCUGCGGACUCGACUAUCAAAUCCGAAGCUUCAACAGAUGACAUUCUUCCGGAAGUUGCACCACCAACUGAAUAUACAGCGGCAGAGGUUCUUGUGGGAGAAGAUCCACAAACGGCAGCAGUUACCCAAGAUGCCUCGAUCGUAGCUGAUACCGUGGUUGAUGAGAAACUCGGCGAGGUAGCAGAUGUUUCAGAAGCGAAAGAUAUCAAAUCAGAGCCUGCCAAAAUUCCUGUGGAGGCACUGACUGAUCUUAUACACAGGCCUGCUGCUGCCAAGGAAGAACCACCAGCGGAAAAAGAAGCAGGAGAAACCAAAGAGGAAGAUGAUACUGCUCAAGCUACGGAGCCCGCAGCAAAAACAGAUAUUUUAACCACACAUACAGACCUGAAAGGGGAACCUCUGGAAACAGCGACCAUAGGUACCGAAGAUGCCGCUCGCAAUGACAACGAACCCACAGCAGAAGCUGUCGAAGCACUGAAGCCUAUCAAGCAGGAAACGAAAGUCGAACCUCUAGCUCUAACUGAGGAGGAAGGAGUGACUGCUGCUAAAACAGAAAAGCCUGUCGAGCCCGUAGUAAAAGAGCCUGCAAAGGCUGACAGCAAACCCGGAGAAGCUGCGGCAGGCAAUGAACAUCAAGAAGUGGAGCAAAAGGCCAUUGAGCAGCGGCAUUUCCAUGAGGACAUACUAGCGGGUGAUGCCCCUGAGGCGGCCCUAGCACCCCCUGCGCCCCCUAAGCAGCUAAAACAAACACCUGUGCCAGCUGCUGGCGAUCCUACCGAAAUCCCCGCAGUCGACACACCGGCUGAACCCGAACCGACUCAAUCGCAUGAUGUUGGUGCAGAACAAACAACUGUGGUAAACGGAGAUAUCAAGAAGGGCUAUGAGGUAGAUGAGGAAGCAGAAGAAGUUGCUGAAGCUCCAGCUGAUCAGCUGCUGGAAACAACGACUAAGUCGGACGAAUUGCAAACCGCACGGGAGCCUGAACCCAAGGCUCCCGCAGAGACUCCAGUUCCGGAAUCAGAGCCAUUCGCUGUGAAUGAUGAUACUGCAGUUAGGGAUGUUGUCAAGGAUACAGACGCAAAGUUACAGGCCACUCCUGCCGACAAAGACGAAGCUGAACUGAAGGAUGAACCUGCAGUGAAAGUUGCAACAACUGCCAAGGUUGACGAUGAUGACGUCAUCCAGCCUGCUGAAGCUAGCUCGGAGCCAGAACAACAAAAGAUCGAGGUGCCCCUGACCGAGGAACCACAGCUAGACGAGGUCGCUGUUGUUGCUGCUGGAGGUCUUGAAGAACCGGAAUUGGAACCAGAACCAGAUGUAGCAAAGCCUGUAGAGGACGUUGCUCCAGUUGAGGGUGGUGCCGAAGCUGAACCUGCUGAACCUGCUGCCCGUGAUGGGACUGCGGAUGUCUCUGAUGUGGAGCUCGUUUCCGUUGAGAAGCACGCUGCCCCUGACUUGGGAAUAUCUGACUCUUCUCCAGCGGCAGAAGCUACCUCUGCUGCUCUAGAUGGCCCAGAGGUGGCAGAGCCGGCAUCAUCCAAAUCUGACAAGGCCGUUGCGGAGCUAGAAACAGAGUCCAUUCCAGAACAAGUUAUUUCUUCCAAGCCUACAGAGCUAGAUGUUUCCCAGCCAGGUAGAGAUGUGGUUCCUGGGCCAAAGGCUGUUCCAGAGGUGGAGGCUAUUGAUACCCUAAGGGCUUCAGCUACCAUUGUUGAUGAACCGGAGGCAUCUCAGCAUGUUAAGGAUUUAUCGGCAGAUCAAGCUGCACCUGGAUUGCCUGCCGAAGUUGCAGUGGGACCAAGUUUUGCCACUACUGAUGCUGAAUCCUUUACUAAUGGCCAGCCAGAAGCAACGAAACCUGUCGAGCUUUCUGUUCCUGAGCCGGAGUUUGACCCUGAGAAUGCUGUUGCAACCCCUGACGUUCUCAAAACACGAGACGAACCAAAAGAGCCUGAGACUGCUGUCAUAGCCGUGACAGCUGGUAUCCCCGAAGCUCCAGAAUCAAAGGAGCUGAAAACCUCGAAAUUUGCUGACAUACCCUUUUAUGUACCUGCUACCGAUGCAACAUCGGAUGCAACUGAAGUUUCUGAAUCACAGAGAGCUUCUGAAGUUGCUGUCGAACCUGAAGCAUCUCAUGCUGCAGAGCAGCCGGGUCUUUCGGAAUCAAGUGGUGAGCUUGUUGCUCCAGCGGAUGAAAAGUUGAAGGGAUCAAAAGCCAUCAACGAUGUCCUUGAAUCUGACGCCCUAGAAUCUGACGAAGUUGAGGAAGUAACCCGUGCUGCUGAUCCCAUUGAGACAGUCACUACUGUGGAGGAACCAGAUGCAUCGAAAUAUUCUAAGGCUGCUGUCUCCGAUGUGGUGCCAGAACCUACUCACAAAAAUGCUCCAGAGAUCCCUGUGGCUCCCGCACCUGUGGAGGAACCAGAACAGAAGGCUGCGGAUACACCCGCACCCACAAAGGAACGAGAAUCCUCAACGCAUGUUGCAGAACCUGAAGUCCCGAAAACUUUUGACGCUGAACCAAGAGUAGAAGGUGUUGUGCCUGUUCAAGAUUCUACCCCCGAACCAGCUGCCGCUGUUGCAGACGAAUGCGUGUCAGAAGAAACCACCCCUGAACCAGUGCCGGUCGUAGCAGAGGUUCCAGAGAUGUCAGCACUUCCUGACGAGCCAGAAGUUGGCCCAGCUGAAGUUGUAGCCGCCCUGAUUGAACCAAAGAAAGCAAAGAAGCCAGCGGAGCCAGCCACUGAGGUUCAUAUGGAACCAGACCAUGCUAAAUCGGAGCCCGCGGACAUUGAAGAAUCCACCACUGAUUCGACCACAACCGUUGAACAGCCUAAAGAGGCUGCUGCUCCUGCUGGAAUCGCCGGUGCUGCUGAGACCCCUGUUGAACAGCCAGUCACCAAACAAGAAGUUAAACCUCUUCUUAACAAACCAGCUUCUGAGAAAGAGCCAGAAGUUGUCUCCGAAACUGCCGCUCCCGUUGAUGUUGUAGAACCCACACAUGAUGCAUCUGCAACUAAAAAUCUCGAAAUUUCAGCACGAAACGUUGAAGACGCUUUGGCUAGCCCAAUAGAAGCCUCUGUUCCCGAGCAGUCUUCUGCUGAAAUCCUAUCUAAAGAAGCUGACCCAGUCUUGGAACCAAAGGCAGAGUCUCCAGCCUCUGACCCUAAGGAAAUAGCCGCCCACGAAGUAGCAAAGGAGAAGUUGGACGACGCCGUAGCUUCCAAGACAAUCGCCGUUGAGAUCGUGCAACCCGCUUCUUUUAAUGUUUCUGAUUACCCUCUCGUCGAGACCCCUGCGGACGCAGCUAAGACCGAGCCCACAGCGGUAGAUGCUGACACCCAAGAACCCUCCAAGGAUGAUCCCGUUGAAGCAGUUGAAGAUCCAAUUGUCGAAACAAAUGGCACCACAUCUAAGGUCCUAAAAGAAGAUGCACCACAGGAGCCUAUCAAAGAACCAGAAGUCGUGAAGGAAAUUGAACACGACGGAUACCUUAAUCCUGUAGCAGUUGCAGGGACCGGAGUAGCAGUGGCAACAGCAGCAGCAGCCAUCGCUGUAGUGUCCUCAGAUCAAAAGUCUGAGCCCUCCAUCGAUAAAUCUAACGCUCCAACUGAAGUGUCAUCAGCCACUGCCCCUGAAAGUUCCAAGGACGCUAAUACACCAAAAGAAGACUCCAAGGCGGACAAGUCAGUUGUUAAUGGCCACAAGUCAGUAUUACCUCUUGAAGAAAUUAAGGUAGAUGCGACAGGCACCCUUGCUGCAACCGAGAAAACACAGCAGAACAAGCCUCCCGUCAGGGCAACUGAAACUGUCCAGCCACCAAAGCCCUCCACUGCACAGAUUCCCACAAGCGGUAUACCUGCCGAGCCAGAAUCAACCACCAAGUCUGCUCAACCAUCCGAAGCCGCAGCGGGAACUACCAACCCAACACCAACUCCGGGUGUAGCAGACGACGCACGUCCCCAAACAGGAACAGGAGACCGGUCCAUUACAUCUGUAACCAUCCACAAGAGAGUGAAUUUCUUCAAAGCACUCUGGCACGCCAUUUUCGGCACCUUCUUCGGUGGUAUUUUGUCGGUCUUUCGGCGAACUCCUCGCGACAAGCCUCGCCGGUAA